AUGAUGGGCGCUACUUCGUUUCUUAAUCACCUUGGAAGCCGUCCGCCGCGGUACCGCACUCCUUCCCCUCCGCGACGCGCAGUCGAACCGAUCACACCCUCCUCGAAUACCAUCGAUUUCCGCGCUUCUUGGACAGAGCGCAAUAUCCAUAAGCAUGCGAGCAGUGAUCGCGAUCGGUUGAAAUCGGAAAAUGGUCGUUAUGCCGUGACGGAUGAUGACUCUCAUAAUCGAUCCGGUCAUGGCCGGUCGAGUUCAACAAUCGACACCCUCGCGACAAUCGCUUUAGCGACGAGUCCGACUUUCACACCUCACUCUUACCGACCGCCAUCCCAAAGUUCCACACCUGCGAUGCCUCUCUUCCCCGAAAUGAGAGAUUCGAUUGAACCUCCAACCAAGCGUCAACGGUCGGAGAAGGAUCCGUCGCCUUUUCAGCCUUCGCCUCAUGCCCCGACAAACGCGGCACCAUCACACACCAAUAACUCUUCCUCUAUCUUUGACAGUAUGAAAACGGAUGCAGAACUUUUGCUGAAUUUUGCACGACCAAGUAAUUUCCCCCCGAUCGUUCAACCGCCGAAACGAGUGAGCAUUGACGGAUCGUCUCACGACUAUGGGAACGAAUCGAAGCGGCAGAAGAUUGGCUCUGGGUCUACAUACAUGGUAACAGAGCAUGAAGGAUCUAUGUAUAAUGCUUCCGGGAAUUGCUCUCGCACGCGUUCCCAGUCAGAUGGCUCUACCGUUGCCCGGCCAAUCAUCCGCGAUGUCCGCCCGAACACGAGCUCGUCUACUGUUCCGCCCAUUACAUGGCAAGAGGAGAUGGAAUAUAACUGGAAUACACCGGGGACUAGCACACAAAAAAACACUGCACACAAUGAUGUCCAAGGCUCUGGCGCCCGCGACGCUGGCGUAACACAGCAGCCAAUGGAUGUACCUUCAAAGACAGAAGGCGGAACAGAUGUCGACGACCCCAACCAGGCAAGCUGUUCAGCUUGUAACUUGGUCCGGAUUCCUGUCGAGACCGAAGAUCAAGGCGAGGUGACGUGGAUUAGCUGUGAUGGUUGCAAGCAAUGGUUUCAUAUUGUCUGCGCCGGGUUCAAGAAUGAUCGCGAGAUUCGGACGGUUGAUAAGUUCAUUUGUCGCGGAUGUUGGCCCGUUUAUGGACACACGACCUUUGUCCGCAAGUCCUCUCGAGCACGCACGGCGAUUGAUUAUGCUGGUCUCAACCAAGGUCUCGUCAAAGUGCCGUCGAACUCUAUGGAGCAUCAUUACAUUGAACCUAUUCGACAAGGCAAGAUUCGCUUCCUCCCAGAGAACUUCGCUCGCAUGCAUCCGGACCUAGUCACCGCCGAGUACUUCGAACGGGGCAGUGGUAUGUCAGAGCCAAUCGUUAUCCCAGCCCAUUUAAAUAGUCGGGAAUCGACCACAACCGUGGGUGAUGAUUUCGACGCGCUUGCUGCGGACGCUCCGACUCAGGAGAUGUUUGACGAGUUACUUGAGCAUCUUCCGGAGGAGGGCCAGAAUUACGAGCGAGUUAUCGACUGCGGCCAAGAUCGAUUGGACAUGGUGAUUCCGGAGGGUCUCAAUGUCAGAACCGUCGCAGAGCUCUAUGGACCAGAAGAAAGGGUGGAAGUGAUCGACGUCAAGUCCCAACAAGGAGAGGACAAGAGGUGGAACAUGCAAAAGUGGGCCGAUUACUACGAGAGCACAGGAGAGAAGAUCGUUCGGAACGUCAUCAGUUUGGAAGUCUCGCAAAGUAGGCUGGGUCGGUUGAUCCGCCGGCCAAAGAUCGUGCGUGAUCUCGACCUGCAAGAUGCCGUCUGGCCCCAAGAAUUACAGGCAAUCGGUGAUUUUCCCAAAGUCCAGUUCUACUGUCUGAUGUCCGUUGCCGAUUGCUACACCGACUUCCACAUUGACUUUGGGGGUUCUUCAGUUUACUACCAUAUCCUGAAGGGGAAAAAGACCUUCUUUUUCAUACCGCCCAAGGAUAAACACCUGAAGAAGUACGAAGAAUGGUGCAGCUCGCCUGCCCAAGAUAACACCUUCCUGGGCGAUCAAACCAAGGAAUGCUAUCGAGUUGAUCUCUCCGAGGGAGACACCAUGUUGAUCCCGUCUGGAUGGAUCCACGCCGUGUGGACACCUGAAAACAGUCUAGUCAUUGGCGGCAAUUUCCUGACCAGACUUAACUACGGAAUGCAGAUCAAGAUCGCCAAGAUUGAGAAGGAUACCAAAGUUCCACGGAAGUUCCGAUACCCAUUCUUCCAAAAGAUUCAAUGGUACACGGCGUUGAAGUAUCUUGAGGAGGAUCCGGUCCCGCAGAGCGUGCUGGACGCGUUUGCGCAAGAUGAGAACUAUAAGUUCCACAGGGAUUAUCCCGUUUACUGCGAAUUCGGUGAACGGGAUAAUGAAGCUCCUGCCGGGUCUCCGCACUACAAUUCACGCUUCUAUUCUCAGGGCGAGCUGGAGGGGUUGCCCGAUCUCACCAAAUAUCUUUUUCGAACGGCUUUGAUUGCUUCGUCAUACCUCGUUGAGGGUGUUACCAUGGAGGCCCGAAACGCGAUCAAGCGGUCGAUACCGAAGGGGAUUGGAGACCCGGUCGACACUAUCAGGAAGUUUGGAGUCUGGGUUGCAUGGAAACGCGGAAACGAGAAAGCAGCAGAGUGGACUCGUCCGGGAGUGAUCGAAAGUAACCCUAAGAUCAGUCUUACGGAGAAGAAACCGGCAGGGCGCCCUAGCCGCCGGUCUGAGCGCAAUGCAGACAAUCAGCGCAUGUAUGCUGAGAGGCAGGCCGUCCAAUUACCAGAGCAGCAGCAGCAGCAGGAACCCUCUGAUGGCCAUGCAAGUGCUGAUCCUGCUGUUUUGCCUCAGAAUAGUGUUCCCGCACAGGCUAACCUGCCAUCUUCGGCACCUGCCGUGAAGCAGGAGAUUGCUCCCAAAGCUCGGAAUGCCAACCGAGGUUCCGGGCUCGGACCGAAGCGAGUUGCCUGCGAUGCAUGUCGGAAACGGAGAAUCCGGUGCCGUCAUAAGGAUGAGCAAAAUGACGGUGCACCGGCCAAGCCGAUGGUACUGAUUAAUAAUAGUGCCUUUGGACAGGGAAUGGAACUGCAAAAUCAAUCCUCAUUGGGACAUGAUGAUGCAGCCGCAGCAGCGCUGAACUCUCUCGCUGCCGUUGCGUCCGAAGCUGGUCUUCAGGAUGGCAGCAGUAUCGUGGGGUUGAAUCAGUUUGAAGCUGCUGCAAAGUACAACCCAGCUGUUACAAAUACUCCGACUGUAUCCAGACUUCGCACUGAUGGCAGCCCCGAGGGUGCCAAUUCAGGCAAGAAAGGACGGAGCAAGGCCUGUGAUGAUUGCCGAAAGAGCAAGCGUCGUUGCAUCCACGAUGAAUAUGGCCGAGUCGACCCUGUCAAAGCCCAGGAGCGGUCGAAACCUCGAGCUAGUAAUUCCGCCAAACGGCCCCGACUUAACGAGGAGGAUGCUAGUUUGGCACCAAGUAAGAAGCCGAAGCAAGAGAGCACUUCGCCACUUUCCAGGCCGGCGAAUCUUGACGGAGUCGAAGUGCCAUCGUCAACCAUUGUUCACAAGGCAGUUGGUUUUGACACCACCUUCCCGGAAACCGUCAACCCGAAUAAGCCUUUGUUUGCAGCAAAUGUGACGAUAGAAGAGAAAGCAGGUGCUUUAGGUCAGGAUUCAUAUGCAUCACCGCCAGCAUUCCAGACGGAUACGCUAUUGCCAAAGGAAGACACCGUAUCAGCAGCUCAGCCGACAGCCACCUUGGUCUCACCGCCUACUUCGCAAGCUGAUGAGAUGGAUGUGUCUCAAGAUAAUGUCGAUGGAGAAGGGGAGCACCCCAGUGCGAUACACACGCCGACAUCGAGCUCCCGUCAUUCGUCUCGCCAACCUCGUCAAGUUGAAAGAUAUGCACCUGAAGGCAAAACCCCCAGGCCAGCAUCGCACCCGUCAUCCGCUCGCCAAGCAUUUGCGACAUCGGCAGCUUCACGCAAAACACCUCCUGCUCCGUCAUCGGGUCCGAAAAGACCGUCCUCGCGUCUUAACUCUUCCCAUGCACCUGCCACAGAAGCAAGACACGCUGGCCAUCAUGGCACGUCAGCGUCAGCGUCAACGUCGCCCGGGCAAGCAGGGAAGAGGCAAACGCACGAGGAUCCCGACGCAGAGAGCAUGCGCCUGAUUCGAGAACUGCAAGAGCAAGAAUUCGGGCUUCGAAAGCGGACUACACGGGCGUGA